CGAACCUGUCUGCUCUCAUUGACAACGCGGCGCCCGGACAGCGAGCGCGCGAGCGAAAGAGCCAGAGGGAAAGGCAAACGCAUGGCAGCCUCGACCGAGGCAGGGCCUUCGCGAAGGCGACCGGGCUCGUCGUCACACCUCGACCCCUUGCCCGCGACGCACCCGCUCUCGCUCAAGCUUCGCUCCAUCUUUGAUCCUAGACGCUCGAAAGAGACGGACCCCGAGGCAGUCAAACAGGCCCUCGACGAUAUAGAGGAGCGCUACAGCCGUCGAGACGAUGCAAAGCACAAGAAGCACUUUGACGUGGCGUGGGCACGGACGAGGGUGGCCAAAGAUGCAGAGGACUCGGUCGAGGACGCCACGCUGGGCUACUUGGACGUCCUGGAGACAGUGGACCGGGCGAUCUCAGAUGUCUCAAACCACAUCGACGAGCUCUACGCGGCCUGCAACGACAUCGACUCAAGACUUACCCGCGCAGACGAUUCGACGCGGUACCUCUUGGAACAUGCCGAUGGCUUGCGAAAGCAGAGGGCAACGACAGCGCAGAAUGCAAAGCUGCUCAACGCCUUUCUCUCGCGCUUCACACUAGCCGAGGCACAGAUCGACGCAAUCGAAUCGAGAUCGCUUCCGGUCGGGCCUCUUCUCUUUGAGGCAAUGGAUCGCAUCGAGGCCAUAAGGGCCGACUGCCAUGUCCUCCUCGUAGGCCGCGAAGAGGGGCAGGUGGGCGGCAUGAGGGCGGGCAUUGACAUCAUGGACGAGACGGCCAGCCUGAUGGACAAGGCGCAGACCAAGGUGGCCAAGUGGCUCACGUUUGAGCUUCGAAGUACCUUCAAAGAGGGCCAGGAUGUCGGACAAAAUGUGCGAGAGUCGGUCAAGAGGCUUGAUCAGCGAGAGGACCUGCUCAGACCUGCACUCAAGGCUUUAGCCACGACCAGAGCGAAGCAACUGUCAAAUGCCUUUCAGAUGGCCUUGACAGUGGGCGGACCCGCGCCUUCCUUUUUGCCUCGGCCCAUCGAGCUACAUGCCCACGACCCGAUGCGCUACGUCGGCGACAUGCUGGCCUGGGUUCACCAGUCGGUAGCCUCUGAGCGCGAGUUCCUCAUCGGCCUCUUCUCACGUCUUGAAAAGGCAGAAGACAUCGAAGGUCGACGGAGGGUGGGAGAACGUCGACGAGGCCUGGAAGGCAGCAUCGACUAUACAAGAGAUCGCGAUGUUAUGGAGCAGAUUGGUCUGACGAAGGGCGAGAUCUGGACGAGGGAAGUCCUCGAUCGUGUCCUGGAAGGCUGCGGCAGGCCGCUCAACGUGCGCGUCGAGCAGACUGUCAACUCGCAGGAAGGGUGCAUUACGACUUUCAAGCUCGCUUCGCUCGUUCAGUUCUACCGGGUGACGAUGGAACGGACAAUUGGAAGCAAAGCGGCGCUGAGCAAGACGCUCUCAGAGAUCAGCCAGGUCUCAUAUCGAGCUUUUCUCAACACCCUCGACAAUCUCGCAGCUGGCCUUUCACGCUUCCACCAGACGCCCGAGUCGGACUUGGGACCAUCGCCACCGCUUUUGGGCGCAUGUGCCACACUCAAGGAGCUUCUGGCGGUCCACCAGUCAACACUGUCCGAGCAAGACCUCUUUGGCGACACCCUGCCUCUACGCGAUGACGAGAAAGAGGGGCAAAAUGUCGCUUCAGACAUCGGACCGGUCCUUGCGCGUCUGAUCGAUGCGAUGAUGGAGCUGUGCGUUCGAUGUGCAGACACGCUCCUGCCUGCAUCGAGCCGACGGAGGAGCAGCAGCGCAAAGGAUCUGCUGGAUCCCGCUGCUAAUAUAGACGACGACACGCCAGCCCACUGGAAUAGGUCCAUCUACCUCCUCAACUGCUUGGGCCACAUGCGCACCACCGUUGUCGAGCCCUACGAAGCGACGCUCAGCUUGACAAAGAUCAAGGUCGACCGAGAGGCCUCCCGACUUCUCGGAGACCUGACGGGGCGACACCAUCGACAUCUCCUGCGGCAGAGCGGCCUCUCGACAAUGGCCUCUGCCCCGCCCAAGAGGACGGACGAGAAGGAGUGGAAAAAGAUGCAAGCGUCCUUGGAGACGUUUCUCAAUUCGGGUGCUGCGCUUCUUGCUCCACCCGAGCUCCGCCUGCUUCAGUCUCCGUCGGCUCGGAGCGCUGUGCAUGGCAAUGCGCUGAGAAGCCUCGCCGAUGACUACAAGGUCCUCGUCGAGACGGAAACCUCUGGAACUUCGGGUUUGAAGCUGAGAAGCGUUCAAGAGGUUAGGAUUCUCCUUGGCGUCGAUUCAGAUUCCUCUUCUGCUCCUCAAUGAAACAACUGUUAAAGCUC